AUGGCGAAAGUCGGCAGUGAAAAGUCAAUUUUGGCCAGACAGCGACUGUCCACCAACACGUCAGACGACGAGCUCGCUGUCAUUGAAAAUGGGGACAGCAGGGCACACUCUGCUUGUGAAGGCAACUCUGAGAGAGCGCUGUCCUCAGGGUCCCACAGAGAUUCAUUUACAGGUGCUGGAGCGAUGGCCAGGCUGUCUUACUUCUUCUUCAUGCUGCGAACCUGGGUGUCUCACAGGAUGAACCCCGAAGAAGAGAGGCACGACUCUUUCCUCGAGCGCUUCAGAGGCCCUGAGCUAAAAGACAUGUCCUGUCGAGAGAGUAACGCCCAGUCAGUGGGCCACGACGACACACUCCGCAAGAGAAAGUAAGCACAGAAAGAAAUCUGGAUAAUGGAUCCAGCUGCGGACCAGUACUACAAGUGGCUGACUGUCAUCGCAGGCCCAGUGUUUUAUAACCUGAUGAUGAUUGUAACGAGGGCCUGCUUCAAUGAACUACAGGACUCAUAUACAAAAGUCUGGAUAGUCCUGGACUACACCUCAGACAUCAUCUACUACGCUGACACAUUUGUCAGAGCGAGAACAGGUUACCUGGAACAAGGUCUGCUGGUAAAAGAUGCCAAAAAACUGAGAGAUAAAUACAGAACAACAUCUCAGUUCAAAUAUGAUGUAAUUUCAAUGAUACCCACAGAUCUUCUGUUUCUGAGAUAUGGAUUCAACAACCCAGAGUUUAGAUUCAACCGCCUCUGCAAGAUGUCGAGGCUUUUUGAGUUCUUUGAGCGGACUGAAACCAGAACAAGCUUCCCAAACAUGUUUCGUAUCAGCAAUCUCGUACUUUAUAUCCUUGUGAUUAUCCACUGGAAUGCUUGUCUGUUCUUUGCCAUUUCUAAAACGAUUGGUUUUGGGACGGACACUUGGGUAUACCCUAAUAUCAGCCACCCAGAGCACGGCCGCUUGGCAAGAAAGUACAUCUACUCCCUGUACUGGUCUACGCUGACCCUCACCACUAUCGGAGAGACCCCUCCACCAGUCAAGGAUGUGGAAUUCCUCUUUGUCAUUGCAGACUUCCUCACUGGUGUGCUGAUUUUUGCUAGUAUCGUCGGUAACGUCGGUGCUAUGAUCUCCAACAUGAACGCUUCUCGUGCUGAGUUCCAGGCAAAGAUUGAUUCCAUAAAGCAGUACAUGCAGUUUCGAAAGGUCACGAAAGACCUGGAGGCCAGGGUCAUCAAGUGGUUUGAUUACCUGUGGACGGAGAAGAAGACCUGCGACGAGAAGGAAGUUUUGAAAAACCUCCCAGACAAGCUCAAGGCUGAGAUUGCCAUCAACGUCCACUUGGAUACUCUAAAGAAAGUGCGAAUUUUCCAGGAUUGCGAAGCUGGUCUGUUGAUUGAAUUGGUGCUCAAGCUGCAGCCACAAGUGUUCAGCCCUGGAGACUACAUCUGUAAGAAGGGGGAUAUCGGCAGGGAAAUGUACAUCAUCAAAGAGGGGAAGCUAGCAGUGGUGGCCGAUGAUGGUGUCACUCAAUUUGUAGUUCUCAGUGACGGCGCAUACUUUGGGGAAAUCAGUAUCUUAGGGAUCAAGGGCAGUAAAGCAGGUAACAGAAGAACAGCCAACAUCAGAAGUGUUGGUUACUCCGAUCUCUUUGCGCUAUCCAAAGACGACUUGAUGGAAGCGCUCACUGAGUAUCCAGAGGCCAAGAAGGCGCUGGAGGAGAAGGGCAAAGCCAUCCUAAUGAAAGACAACCUUAUCGACGAGGCGAUCGCAAAUGCUGGUGCUGACCCCAAAGACAUGGAGGAGAAGAUCGUCAAACUGCAGAGCAACCUGGACACCAUGCAGGUCAAAUUCGCCCAGCUGAUGGCAGAGUUUACCUCCAACCAGACGAGGAUGAAGCAGAGAGUGACCAACAUGGAGGCCAAAGUGAAAUCCCUUCGACCGGAGGAUCUCUCUGAGGUGGUGGCUGACAAGGACAAAAAAGUCCAGUAAUAUGACAGAUAUCCAAGAACUCUACAGGAAUAAAAAAACGAAUGAAACUUUUUAAAGGCCCAUGUUUAUAUCUAUUUAUACAUCAUGUUUAUUAUCAUCACAAUGUGUCAAAUUGUGUACAGUAUAUGAAUAAUGUGUUUAUUUGUGUGUAUGCUAUGACUGACAGCCAAUUUCAUGUUGUCAUAAAACUACUCGAGUAUGUAUGGCUUUUCAUAGCCUUAGAAUAAUGUUUAUUUUCCAGAUCAGUAUUGACAUUUUCCCAGAGAAAUAUAUUGAUCUAUCUGUAAAGUAUUAAGUGAAAUUCUUACACAAAAGUACAAUUGCAUUUUCCAUUUGGCAUUGUACAAGAAUGUACAUAAGAAACCGAAAUGCGAGUCCUGUUUCUAAGUUACUGUCAGCAUACACUAUCAGCUGUAAAUCUUCUGUGUAAAAUAAAGAUUAAAAUG